CGAAUUUUCAUCAUCCACGUUGCUUCUGACAUUGAUUGUCGACCGCAUUCGAGAGGAGUAGAAAUGGCUCCCAAUGGGAAUCCUUCUCGUACCGAUACGAAAAGCACCAUAGCAUCAUGGUCACAGCCCCGCAUACUCUACUUGACAUUCUACAACCUUCUCUUUGCUGCGUUAUGGGCUUCAAUUGGCAUCAGUGCAGUCGACCAUGCUUCCAGGGGGAAGUAUGUGUUGUUCGAAGUCGUUGAGCCUCGAGCGCGAUGGGUUCAGACCCUCACCCUGGUCGAAGUCGUACACGCGGCAGUCGGCAUCAUCAAGUCUCCCGUCAGUACCACAGCUAUACAGGUCUUCACGCGUGUCAUUCAAGUCUGGAUGAUCUGGUACAACUUUCCCGCAAGUACAGCCGCUUCUAGCGCCUUCUUCAUCCUGGUGCUCGCAUGGUCAAUCGCGGAUUCGAUUCGUUACCUGUACCUUACCCUGAACCUCCAUGGGAAAGCGCCGCAAGCCCUUGUUUGGCUGAGGUACACCAUGUUCUAUCCUUUGUACCCAAUCGGCAUCGGUGCGGAGUGGUGGCUGAUGUACAAAAGCAUCGGACCUGUGGGAAAAAUCAGCCCUCUGCUUCCACCGGUCUUUUACUUCUUGUUGGCGUUGUAUGCACCGGGGGCGUAUACAAUGUUCACAUACAUGGUCAAGCAGAGAAAAAAGACUCUAGGAAAGAGCCAGAAAACUGCCUGAGUUCUCGGUCUAGCCACCAACUGUCGCCACCAUAUGGGUCAAGCUCCUACAUUUCGUACGCGGUCACGACGGUUUCAGCGGAGUACAU